AUGGUUUAUUACAUUCGCUUUUUGAAGCCUCCAAAGUUCCACCAAGAAAAGAAAAAUGCCAAGCAGUCUCGGCCACAGCAGAAGAAACCCGUGUUUAUUACUGCUCUCAUCUGCAUUACCACUGAUCUCGGAGAUGAUUUCCUUGCAGAAGAUGUGGAUCUAGUGGCAACAUGGGCCCAGCGUUCACCACGUGAAACCAUUGAUCAAAGUUCUUUAAAAUGGCAGGCUGGUGCGCGACAACUUUCAAUCUCCAUGGGACCGUAUUCAAUCGACCAUGUCUCCCAACACGAAGCAGUGUUCCAGAUCCGGGCCCAGACUAUGCAAGAUAUACUCGGCAUUGAUACUACCCCAUUGGUGAUAUCAGGGUGUAGUGCCCCUUUUAAAUGGCAGUCCGAACCAGCCGAGAAAUUGAUCCAGCGAGAAUUCAGCAUUGCAGCUGGCCAAUCCAUUCCAUCCUUGAGAAUAUGGGAGGAGACAGGAAAUAGCAUUGCGCGACACAUCUGGGAUGCGGCGCUUGCGUCAAUUAUUUUCCUCGAUCAAUCAAUCAACGGCACUGCCACUGCCAUCCCCAUCCUCAGUCAGCUGCUCAAGGUCAAGCCACGCAGCUCAGCCCUUCAGGCAGUAGAAUUGGGCGCUGGAUGUGGUAUCGUUGGCAUUGCACUAGCAACAAUGCUCGACCACUGCAAUGUACUCCUCACAGACCUCCCCGAGGUCGAGAAGAUUGUAACCCGCAAUAUGGAUGAAGCUCGGCUCCAACCAUUCUCCUCAGUGCGCUAUCAAAACCUUGACUGGGAUGAGCCACCAUCAGAUCUCUGCGGCCAACCCAUCGACUUGAUCCUUGUUUCAGACUGUACCUAUAAUGCCGACAGUUUGCCUACCUUAGUAUCGGUUCUAGACCGAUUAGUCCGGACUUCCCCGGACGCACUGGUUCUAGUGGCUCUGAAGCGACGGCAUGAGAGCGAAGCCGUGUUCUUCGAUUUGAUGAAAUCUGCGGCAUUUAUUGCUCAGCAGACUACCGUGCCCCUCCCCUCGCAGCAUGACCAGAACGAUACAAUUGAAUUGUACUGCUACCGUCGUGAACAGGACGACGUGUCAUAA